AUGUGCUUGGCGCUGCCGCGGGAGGUGAAGGCUCUUGAGCCGGUGAACAGAGAGGAGGGAGGAGAGGAGCAGGGAGGCAGGGUGACUGGGAACAAGUGGCCACUGUUGUUCAGGACGCUUCAGGAGUUUGUCAUGAGGCUUCCAGCGGCUCUCCGGUGUUUGGAUCCGUUCGUGCUUUUGUUCCUGCUGCUCCCGUUCACCUCACAGAACCGGAUCAUCGCAGAGACACCGGACCUCCAGAUGUUCCCCACCUCCGGACUCGGGGUGAAGGAGCACUCGCAGAUUGUUGCCCAGCACAAUAGACUGCGCAGCCGGGUCAAACCCAUGGCGGCUAACAUGCAAAAAAUGGAGUGGAAUGAGAAGUUGGCCGUACUUGCAAAGGAGAGAGCUGCAUUGUGUCACGCGGAGCCGUCACUUCAACACGCCUCAUCUUUCAGUCACACAGGCUGGAACACACGUCUCUCCGUUUACGGUGUCACGUCUUUUUCUGACAUCAUUGACUCCUGGUUUGAGGAGGGAAACGAUUUUCUCUACUCGAGCGGGCGAUGUAGAGAAAAUGCCACCUGUCAACACUACACGCAGCUGGUCUGGGCUACUUCGAGUCACCUGGGAUGUGCCGGCCAGCUGUGUCUGAGAGACGGGCAACUCUGGGAGAUGUUUGUCUGCGCAUAUUAUCCUGGCCAUUCAAUUUCAGUGCAUUCUGUCCCAACAGAUAAGGUGCAGUUUCCCUUUCACAGCUGUGAUGUGAUGAUAGAUGGAAACUGCUUCAUGGUGUCUUCAGAAGCUGAAUCCUACUACGGAGCCAAAAGUCACUGUCAGGAACUAGGAGGCGCUCUAGCUCAAAUCCACAGUCAGAAGGUUCAGGACAUCCUGGCGUUUUAUCUCACUCAGCUGGAGACGAGCAACGAGGUCAUGAACACCGACUUUGAAACACGAAACUUCUGGAUAGGUUUGACUUAUAAGCCUCCGAAAGACUCAUUUCGCUGGGACACAGGAGAGAUCCCUACAUUCAGCAGCUUUGCCUUCGGGCAGCCUGACAACCACGGGUUUGGAAACUGUGUGGAGCUGCAGGCAUUAAGCGCCUUCAACUGGAAUGACCAGCGCUGUAAAACACGGAACCGAUACAUCUGCCAGCAUGGUGCAGAGCGUAUUUCCCAGUGGGACGACGGCAGCUGACCUGGA